UGCGAUCCUUUACCGCAGGAGCACGCCAUUUCUCAAACCUCUUAACUGACUUCAGUCUCACUCUCGGAAAAUAUCACGGGAAUCUUGAAAUUUCUUCAUUUCAGAUCACGUCAGGCUCAUCUCUUCCUCCAAUCGACUCAGUUUUCUCGCUUUUUCUGCGAUUUCAGCUGCAAUCCGUGAAGGAGACGUGGAUUCCUUGUCAUUUCUGGACGGAAAUCGGAGUUUAAGCAUUUUGGUAGAACGAUCGGGAAAGAAGGCGAAGAUCUGUCAAUGAAAGCUCUCCCUGCUAAAUUUCGUUGCAAUUUGAAGGUUUUCGUAUGAAAUUCCACUUACAUUUGCAUUUAGUUUGUGCUUCUGUUAAGAGGAUCUGAAGUCCUCUUCUUGAUGGAAUUGAUUGAAAAUCGUGGAUUUAGGGACAUUCGAGAAGUUUUCAGAUCUUGUCAUCUCGAGUAAUAGAAUCUGAACCGUUGGUUUUCAAGAUGUUUUUGCUGUGAAUGGUCGGGGUCUUUUGACCAAGUCGAAUAGUGAUGACGAAACGGAGGAGCAUUCAACAUAAGUCUUUCACACGAUGGAGGAGGAAGAUUUUAGCUGUGGUUCUGCUUGGGUUUUGUUUUGGGAGUUUGGUAUUGAUGCAGACUCAAUAUAACCGGAUUAAGGCGUUGGCAUCAUUGGUGUCGUCUCCUCGAUUUGUUCAGAAGCCUAAGAUCGCGUUUCUUUUUAUAGCCCGGAAUCGAAUUCCUUUGGACAUGGUGUGGGAUGCCUUCUUUCAGGGAGAAAAGGAAAAUAGGUUUUCGAUUUUUGUUCAUUCAAGGCCUGGAUUUCUGCUCAACAAGGCAACGACAAGAUCCGCUUUCUUUUAUGAUCAUCAACUCAAUGACAGUAUACAGGUAGAUUGGGGAGAGUCAAGCAUGAUUCAAGCAGAGCGUAUUUUGCUCAAGAAUGCACUUAGAGAUCCUUUCAUUGAGCGAUUUGUUUUUCUAUCAGACAGCUGCAUACCUUUAUAUAACUUCAGCUACACAUAUGAAUAUAUCAUGUCCACAUCAACCAGUUUUGUAGACAGCUUUGCGGAUACAAAAGAGGGUCGCUAUAAUCCAAAAAUGCAUCCAGUUAUCCCUGUUGAUAAGUGGAGAAAAGGGUCUCAGUGGGCUGUUUUAAUUAGAAAGCAUGCCAUUGUCAUGGUGAAAGAUAAUACAGUCUACCCAAGGUUUCGGCAGCAUUGCAAGAGGCGGUCACUACCAGAGUUUUGGCGGGAUCAUCCUCUUCCUGCAGAUGCAUCCAAGGAGCAUAACUGUAUACCAGAUGAACAUUAUGUUCAGACAUUACUGGCACUUAAAGGACUCGAAGGUGAAAUCACUCGAAGAACACUUACACAUACUUCAUGGGACGCUUCAUCCUCCAAAGACCGCGAAAGACGCGGAUGGCAUCCCGUGACAUACAAGCUUUCUGAUGCUACUCCUGCACUCAUCCAAUCUAUAAAGGACAUAGAUAAUGUGUAUUACGAGACAGAGUACAGAAGAGAAUGGUGCAGCAGCAAAGGAAAACCAUCCCGUUGCUUUCUUUUCGCAAGGAAAUUCACCCGGCCUGCUGCCCUUCGGCUUCUUAACAUGUCUUUAUUAGGAGCUUAACAAGGAUUGUCGUCGGCUGUCUGUGUUAGUAUGCCUAAGAAGAAGGAUUGUCUUAGAUCUGCUGCUAUCCGAUUACCAUGAGGUAUGUAUAUUGUGGUAAGCGUUCAUAUCAUUGUAAGAGUAAAAUCAGUUGGGGAGAUGAGGAUGAUAAAAUGUAAGAUUAAAAUAAAAGUACAGGAGGAUGAAUGUAAAAAUGUCACGUAUGUUGUAAGAUAGUGUAGGUUAAUAAUGUCCACGUUUUUUUAAUGCAAAGUAGUUCUCACAAGUUCUUGCUA